AAUAAAGUGGUUGUAUAUCAGUAUUGAUGGGGUUGAAAAAAUAUAUAAAAAUAUAUAAUUAAAUAAUAUGUUUUUCAGUAAAGAAGAAACUACAUGGUCCAGUGCUACAUGGUCCAGUGCCGCGUGUCGUUUAAUAGUAAAUGCAGCUUCACAUCCAAUAGAAUAUGCAAAAGUUUUAAUACAGAUUGGACAUGAGCCUAUUGCGCCUUAUCCGUCAAGAACUCUUUUUGGAAGACCUGCAUUAGCUUUACCAAAUGUUUAUAAAUAUAUCAAAUAUAUUAAAAGUGUCGAUGGAUUCACUGGGUGUUAUCGUGGUUUAGUACCAAAACUUUGUUCAUCUACUGUUAGUACAAUGGUAUAUGAAAAAACUGCCGAAUAUAUACGUUUUAAACAGGGAACACGUCAAGUAUAUUCAGAAGAGGAAGAUGAAAGAGCUGAGAAAUAUAUUCAAGAUUUUAUAAGAGCUUUAAUUAGUACAACAGUGGGAAUUAUUGUCAGUCAUCCUCUUGAUGUUAUUGCAAUACGAAUGAUGGCUCAAUUUGUAGGUGGCGAAACAAAAUAUAUAGGUUUAAUGCAAUCGUUAAUAGAAAUUUACAAGGAAAAUGGAAUCGCAGGAUAUUUUUCGGGUCUUAUGCCACGUUUGAUUGCAGGUGCAGCGAUAUUAACAAUAGUUAGUUCGUCAACUUAUGUCAUCAACAAAUAUAUUAUAACAGAUCGUGAAAUGAAAGGUUUCACAUCAUCAACUAUGAUGUUCUUGGCUGCAACUGUUGCUUAUCCAUUUAUUGUCGUUUCUAAUUGCAUGGCUGUUAAUGAUUGUGGAUUGGUAGCUGGAAUGCCACCUCAAAUGCCAAUUUAUGGCAAUUGGCUCGACUGUUGGUCUCAUUUGUCAGCGACAAAUCAAUUAAAACGUGGAAGCAGCUUACUGUGGCGUUACUAUACAGGACCAAUAACUGUUUUAAAUGGCAAACCAUUUCCAAUAAGUACAGCAAAUCUAUACAUGAAAAGUGUUCAUUAAUAAUAUAAUUGUAUUUAAAGAACUCUUUUAAACAAAAAAAUAAUUCCAUACUAUAAAUUAAAGAAUUUUGUUGUAUUAUAAAUCAAAAUAUUAACCAGUAUUUUCAAGUGUGUACAGAAUGUUAAAAAACUUGAAAAAAGAUUUUUUUUUAAAUAUUUUACAAACAAUUAUUUAACACCUUCGUUCAAGUGUUAUAAUUACAGAAUUUUCAAGUAAUAAUUAUUAUAAAAGAAAUAUAUUUUUGAAAUUAUAUUCUAAA